AUGACACUGCCUUCAGGAGAAGAAAAGGCUUUCCAAACAUCAAGUAAUCCACCCUGGACAAAAAGAGGGCAUCUCAAUACUUAUGAAGAGAGCUCUAGUGAAAGUCAUGGCUUUUCAUCCCUCAGCUCUCUGAAGAAGCUCUGGGACAUAGUUGAAAGCGACCAGUUUCAGUCAAUUUGGUGGGAUAAGCAUGGAAAGUGCAGCGUGAUUUAUGAAGAGCAGUUCAAGAAGGAAGUGCUCAGAAGGAGAGAACCUCUGACAAUUUUUGAAAUUGGGUGCAUGAAAAGUUUCACUUGUCACCUUCACCUCCAUAGAUUCAUCACAAAAAAAUGGGAUUUUUCAAGAUCUUGCUUGCUCAAUGACUCACUAGAAGAAGCAGCAGCCAGGGAGUUGCUCUUCUACUAUAACCCACAUUUUAGAAGAGGUUCUCCCCACCUGGUAAUAAAGUGUAAAAGAAGCUUUGGGGUGAAAAAGUGA